AGAAUUAAUGUCCCAUUGAAUGAAUUAAAAAAAGACUAGUAUUCAUGUCCUCCUGUCAUACUUUUAUAUGUAAUUUCAUUUGAAUCACGCUAUUGUUAUGGUUGGGAAUAGAUAAAAUCAAAGUUAAUUUUAGUUGAUUGUGUAGAAUUAAAAUUAUGUCAUAAAAUUCUCAACUCAACUUUUUCGAACAUGAAGCUGCUGUCUGUUGUUCUGCUCUGCUAUGGCUGAGAUGCUGUUGCUCUGCUGCUGUAGCUGUGGCUGAGCUGCUGCUGUUGUUGUGAGCUUGAGUAGCUGCUGCUGGAGCUGCUUGAGUUGCUAUCUUAUCAUAUUGAUGGUUUAAGGUCCUUAGGCUAUCCCAGAUAAUUUUGCAAUUCUCAGAGAAUUUCUUCCUCGUGGAGAGCAUUUUCAUAAUUUAUUUGAGCAGUGGGAUAGCAAAAUUGUUAUUUAAAAAAAAAGAAGAAGAGAAAUAUACAAUUGGAGGUGUGCAAUUACAACAUGAAGCAUUUACUUUAUUUUUAAUCUAUUAACCUUAGGAUGCUACAUUGUUAUUUUUAUGAAUUAUUAUGCAGGUUGUAAGAGGUGGUAGGAGAGAAAAUAUUUCAAUAUAUGACAUUGUUGUUGGUGAUGUUAUACCUCUUAAGAUUGGUGAUCAGGUCCCAGCAGAUGGAAUCAUAAUUUCUGGUCAUUCUCUUGCCAUCGAUGAAUCUAGCAUGACUGGGGAAAGCAAGAUUCUGUGCUCUAGCAACAAUGAAUUGUACUCUCCUUCACAAGCUCUGGUCAGGACCCAUAUGGUGUGGAAGAAGGACAAGAAGAGAAUCAGGAGAGUGAGGUGCACCUGCUAUUUCCCUUCCCACUGCAGGCAUGUUGGUUCUUUCUGCUUCCUUCUUUGUCCCCACAUGGGUAUGUUUUUGUUCUUUCUCAUACUGCUCUGA